AUGGGCCUUUCUUUGUGGCUCGUUCCUGAUAAAAAGAACGCAGAAGGGCUUAUAACCAUCAUGAAUGCCGUCGAGAACAACGGAUCACUUUCUCCUGCCUCGUAUCCGAAGUUCUACCCUCACAUUACGCUCGCAAGCUUUCCAUCAACCAUGGCAAGGUGUCUGGAAACGAUAGGGACAUCCAUCCCAACCCUAGGAACACCCCUGCGAUGUCAUUUCGCCUCGGUCCACGUAGGGUCGCACUACUUCAGAUCGGUCUACAUCGCAAUCAAGCCAACGUUAGAAAUCGUUGACCUACGUAGGCGUGUACAUGCAGCGUUGGGCGUCGAGCCGAGGACGCCGUCCUUUCCACACCUGUCACUCUGCUAUAUUGACGAUGCUGACGCGGAGAAAGGGGAGAGAGAAGCCUUCUAUAAGGUCCUCAGAGAAGGCGGAAAUUUCAAGAAAGAAAUAGGAUGCGAUGGGAAGGACACUGGUGUCAGUCUAAAUCUCUCUUUCGAUCCAGAAGUGGAGAAUUGGUCGGCCUGCGUGGAUGUUUCUGAGGUAUGGGUAGCGCAAUGUGAAGGUCCGGUGGAGGGAUGGACGGUUCUAGGGAAGUACCCUUUGGCAGAAUGA